GUUGCGUGAAUCUAUCACGCAUGCGUGGUUUGUAUUCUACGUGUGCCGCAGAGAGGCGGAAGCGGCGCUCGGGAGACUAGGAAUAGAGGAGCGAGAGCAGCAUCCCGGAGACAGUCAGCAUGGUGAUCUCAGAAGCUCCAGACGUCCUAUUUAGGAUACGUGGCGGGCUGAAUCUGUCAUUUCCAUUGGCCACAGCUGAUGAAUCCUCCUGCAAGAAGGCCCUGGUGAAAGCGCUUGGUAAUCUUUCCUCUAAGCUUCUGUCUGAAUCCUUGGUAUUCCACGUCAGCAGAACUUCAUUGUACGUAUGGCCUAACUCCGGAGUCAACACAUCACCCCGCGACCUGACAGAUGACUCCCCUUGCAGAGAUAUCUUCAGUUUUAUUCAAAAUGAUGAUGAUGAUUCCAGACGCAGAUCUUCCAAAAAGAAGGAGAAAAAGUUGCAUGAAACGCAGCAGGUGGUGAACCUCAGCCCCAUGUUUGAAAUGUCGACGUCUUCUAAAGCAGUGGCUCCAACCAUUAAAUACGACACCCAGUGUCAUCAUCUUGUGAACGUCACCCUGCCCAUGGAUACGGCUGCGUCUGUCCCUGCAGAAGAGAAGUGGGGCAGGGUACUGAAGAUCCUUGUGAACAAGCUUACACAGCAGCUGAUUGACAUGGAGAAGUGCCUGCUGAAAUAUAUGAAAGGAACUGCCAUUUGCGUGGCUGAACCAUUUCACUUCAUGUUACCCGGAAGGAGAGAACUGGUCACUGUGGUGUAUCCUGCAGGAGCGGCCGAGUCUCAGCUAGAAGAUUAUAGGAAGGUGUUACAUGGUGAGUUUAACGUGCCCCUCGACAGGCCAUAUUUCAAAAGAGCCAAUGCCUAUCAUUUUCCAGAUGAGCCGUACAAAGAUGGAUAUCUUCGAAACACACAUGUACACCUAAACCAUCCAUCUCUGGAGGGAGGCAUUCUCUCCAUGGUACAGGGAAUCUACAGUUACCAUCACUACAUGCAGGACCGUAUGGAUGACAGUGGCUGGGGCUGUGCCUACCGUUCUCUCCAGACCAUCUGUUCCUGGUUUAAAUACCAAGGUUAUACCGACAGAUCCAUUCCAACACACAGGGAGAUCCAGCAGGCUCUGGUUGACGUUGGAGACAAGCCCUCAAGCUUUGUUGGAUCCCGGCAAUGGAUUGGCUCAAUAGAGGUACAGCUGGUGCUUGACCAGCUGCUCGGUGUUACUUCAAAAAUUAUGUUUGUAAACCAGGGCUCAGAACUGGCCUCCAGAGGGAGGGAUCUUGUUACUCACUUCCAGACGGAAGGAACUCCAGUGAUGAUUGGGGGAGGUGUGCUGGCACAUACGAUUCUUGGAGUGAAUUGGAGUGAGACAACUGGAGAUAUCAAAUUCCUGAUUUUAGAUCCACAUUACAAAGGAGCGGAGGAUCUACAAACCAUUGUGGAAAAGGGAUGGUGCGGAUGGAAGGGAAACGAUUUCUGGACUGCCGAUGCUUAUUACAAUCUCUGUUUACCUCAACGACCUGUAGUCUUUUAAUACUGGUUAACGGUUAAAGGGGUUGUCUGGGUAUUUAAUAGUGAUGACCUAUCCUCAGGAUAGGUCAUCGAUAUCUGAUCGGUGGGGGUCAGACGCCCAGGACCCCCCACUGAUCAGCUGUUUGACAAGGCUGCGUCACUGAGUGCCACAGUGUCUGCCUAGGACAGUGACGUCACAUUCAUCAGUCACACAACCUAGGACAGGGAUCAGCAACCUUCGGCACUCCAGCUGUUGUAAAACUACGACUCCCAGCAUGCACACUUGCUUAGCUAUUUUCAGAACUCCCAUAAAAGUAAAUUAGCAUGCUGGGAGUGGUAGUUUCAACACAUCUGGAGUGCCGAAGGUUGCUGACCGCUGCCCUAGGAGCAUCUAAGUCUCAAUAUCAAGCACAGCCUGUAUCCAGUGGACAGUGCUUGAUAUAUUUUGGAGGAGGCUGUGAUACUCAAUCUGCGGCCCUCCAGCUGUUGUAAAACUACAACUCCCACAAUGCCCUGCUGUAGGCUGAUAGGGCAUGCUGGGAGUUGUAGUUUUGCAACAGCUGGAGUGCCACAGGUUGAGCAUGCCUGCUCUAGGAGGACGGAGGGGAGUCAGACUCCUACCAAUCCUGAGGAUAGGCUCUAAAUAUUACUCAGACAAUCCCCUUUAAUUUAAGGUUAUUUUAAUAUUUUGUUGUAUCAACAUUUUUUGAUUUGCAAGAUAAAUAAUUAAAGGGGGAAUCUGCUGUCAAUAAUA